GAUUUUUUUUUUACUUAUACAAAUUUUUAAAAUGAAUCGAAUAUUACAAAAUUUAAUAUUAUUGAUAUUUUUUACAACUAUACCAAAUAUAAGUCGAUCUCAAAAAAUUGUACAAGAUGUUAAAUACGAUGUAGCUGAAUUAAAAUGUUUAGUAUGUGAAGCAGUAGUAGAUGAAUUAUUACUUGCAAAAGGUAAAUUAAACCAAGAUAUUAAAGUACCAGUUGGUAGAUAUAACCUGGAUGCCAAAAAUAAUAAUCAAAAAACAGUUCCAUUACAUAAAUCAGAAGUACAUUUAACUGAAUUAAUGGAUAAAAUUUGUGCAGAAUUUGAUAAUUAUGUUAGAGGAACCAAAGACAAUAAGUUAACAAUCAUACCAAUGGUAUUACCAAAUGGUGGAUAUAAUCCAGAAAUGAGUCAAAUUUCAAUUAUACAAGAUGCUGAUUUAAAUAAAAGUUUACGUUUUUACUGUGAAAAUAUUACCGAAGAAUGGGACGAGAUCAUACUAGAAAAUUUAAUCAAAGAUAAAUCAGAUAUGAAAACAGAUGUCUGUGUAAAAACAUCACAAAUUUGUCCCUCCAGUGAUGAGGGCGAAGACGACCAAAAUUAUUAUUUUCCUGGAAAUGAUGAGCUUUAAAUAUAAUGUAAUUUUAAUGUACUUAAUUUAUUCUAGUACUCUUGUUCUACAGUUUCUGUUUUUGUUCUAUUAUAAGUUCAUUCGAUGGAGUCGAAUUCGUAACUAUUCGGUUUAUAAAAAAAAUAUUCCGAGCUAAAUAAAUUUUUGUCUUUUACAUGAUAGGCCAAUAACCGAGAAUUUUUUUUCUGCAAUUUACUGCAGAAAUUUUUUUUCAUAUUGGAACAUAUUUAGGGGUUUCCUCCGAGUGUAAAUCCAAAUUGGCGGGACGUAGGGGCAUGAGCUUCAGCCGCCAUAUUGGAAAAUACGUUUUAUCAAAUAUCUCGUGAACCGGGUAUCGUACAACAAAAAUGAUUGGGAUCAUUUUCAUACAGAAUAACAUUUUCUAUAACGUUUAUUCGAAAUUUUUUCU